CCUUCAGGGAGGAAGCUCUCUCUCCAGUUCAAAUUUCAUCUGAAACUCUGUUCCUCACAAGGCUGCAGUGCCUGUGACUCUCCCUCUCUCCCUCUUUCUGUCUCUCCACCCCCACUUCUCCUGCUCUCUCUCUCUCUCUCCCCACAGACAUGGCCCCCUGGCUCUCUUGGCCCAUCUCCCUCACCCUUAUCCUAGCCACUGGGAGCUGGGCCCAAAAGCAGGAGCAAGGCCAGGCCCCACUGGAACCAUACGACCGUCUGUUCAGCGCUGCAGUGGAGGCAUAUUACCGCAACGACUGGCAAGGGGUCAUCAUCAACAUGGAGCGGGCCCUGCAGAACCAAGUAAACCUGCGGCAGAUUAAGGUCCAUUGCUGGACCCACUGCAACAACAAGACAAGGUUUUCCAUCUCAAGCAGUGGGCAGGACUUCUUCUUCGACACUAAUUUCUUCAACACUGUGCUAAAGAAGGCCGACUGCCUGAAACAGUGUGAGGAAGACAAGCUGGGGCCUUACUCCAUGCAUCAGAUCUCUGAGGAGAUGCUGCUUGAAUUCCAGAAGAGGACCCCUUACAAUUAUCUGCAAAUGGCAUAUUUCAAGAUUAAAAUGUUAGACAAGGCUGUCGCUGCUGCUUACACCUUCUAUGUGGUGAACCCAGAGCACCUGGAGAUGAGGCAGAAUCUGGAAUAUUACAAGAUGAUGGCUGGCGUGAAGGAUUCUGACUUCAAGGACUUGGAAGCCAAACCCCACAUGGAUGUUUUCCGCACAGGAGUUCGACAUUACACAGACGAGCAGUUUGAACCAGCAAUUGAGUUUUUAGAAAGUGCUCUGGUGGAAUAUUUCAAGGCAGACAUGGAGUGUCGUGCUCUCUGUGAGGGCCCAUACAACUUUGAUGGUUACAGUUACAUGGAAUACAAUGCGGACCUGUUUCAGGCUAUAACAGAUCACUACAUUCAGGUGCUCAACUGCAAACAAAACUGUGUGACAGAGCUGGCGAGUCGGCCUGACAGAGAAACACCCAUCGAUGACUUCCUGCCUUCCCAUUUUGACUACCUUCAAUUUGCAUAUUACAACACUGAAGACUACUCCAAGGCUAUUGAAUGUGCCAAAACCUAUUUGCUUUUCUAUCCCAAUGACGAAGUAAUGAACCAGAACCUACAGUAUUACCAGGCAGUACUGGGAGAAGAACAGGCCGCAUCUCUCGGCCACAGAGAGAAUAUCCAGGUGUACAUCAACAACUCAUUGCUGGAGAAGGAGCUGCUGUAUUUUGCCAAUGAGAUCUUUGGCGUUACCUUUAUCGAUCCAGACAAGUGGACGCCUGAGGACGUGAUGCCAGUUAAACUCAAAGAGAAGCAAAAGGUGGAACGAGAGACUGCAGCUCGGAUCAGCAAAGAAAUUGGAAACCUGAUGAAAGAGAUUGAACACCUGGUCGAUGAGAAAACCAAGGAAUCAUCCGAGAUUGUGAAGAUGGUGAGAGAAGGGGGCCCUUUGCUCUAUAAUGAAGUCAAGGUUUCAAUGAAUGCAAAAGUUUUGAAUGGAACUCAGAGGGUGGUGCUUGAUGGUGUGAUCACAGAGGAGGAAUGUGAGGAACUACGUUAUCUCUCCAAUGCUGCUGCGUCAAUGGGUGAUGGUUACCAAGGGAAACCUUCUCCUCAUACACCAAAUGAGCGAUUCCAGGGAGUGACAGUUCUCAAAGCACUGAAGCUCAGUCAGCAAGGCAGGAUCUCACUGAAAACAUCAAAGCUGUUUUAUGAUGUCAGUGAAAAAGCCCGCAGGAUCCUUGAGUCUUAUUUCCGAUUGGAAAACCCCCUGUACUUCUCCUAUUCACACCUCGUCUGUCGGACUGCAAUGGAAGGAACCCAGGACAAUCGUGAUGAUCUGAGCCACUCAGUCCACGUUGAUAACUGCAUCCUAAACUCCGAAGCUUUGGAAUGUCGGAAAGAGCAUCCUGCCUACACUGAGCGGGAUUACAGUGCCAUUCUGUAUCUAAACCAUGAUUUUGAAGGCGGAGACUUCAUAUUCACAGAAAUUGAUGCAAAAAAUAUUACGGCGAAGGUGAAGCCCAGGUGUGGCCGUUUGGUGGGUUUCUCCUCAGGCACAGAGAACCCACAUGGAGUCCAGGCUGUGACCAAAGGGCAGCGGUGUGCAGUGGCACUCUGGUUCACGUUGGAUCCCCGGCAUAAGGAGCGGGAGAGAAUCGCGGCUGAUGAUUUGGUGAAGAUGUUGUUCGGGGCAGAAGAGGAGCUGCAGCACGAUGAAGACGUCCUCAGUGCCCCGGGGUCCGAAGACGUGCCAACCGAGGCCUCAACCGUCCAGUCUGCCCCCGAGCCACCCACUGCAGCAGCGCCAGAGCUGGAACAGAAAGAGGAACAGGCACCCAUGUCCGAAUCCUCCACAAUAAACACACUAGACUCCUCACCAGGGACAACAGCUCCUGCCUUAGAUCAGAAAGACCAAGCCAUUCCGAACAUAACCCCUGAGAAACAGGAAUUGUAAUGUAACUUACAAAGAUUCACUUUGGGGCUGCACCAUGCAGUUCCCUGUGUUUUGCUCCUUUUUCAGUCGUUCGCAGUUAUGGUCGUCCAGUUCUGGGCCUGAGAAACUGUGGAACCUAUUACCUCAUCCUGUUUUCUCUUCACCCCGUCAGUCUGCAGGCUUUGAAUCCCAGAGCAUGACAUCUUCUGUUUUUGACCUGCCUGCAUUGUCACAUCUCCCCUACACUCCCAACCCUUCAGGUUUGGAGUCUUGCCCACCCACACAGCAACAGUCUGCAAAUGUUCCUCUGCGAAUAGUUGAAGUCACUGACCUUUAGCGCACAGAUGUGACAACAAACAAAAACGUAAAUGUUGUCCAACUUCAACUGUCUGGGCUACUGGCACUCAGUAUCUUGAACUGGAUCCACUCCAGUUUCUGCAGUGUUCACACAUUUUUUAAGGUAGUACAUUUUUGAAAGAGAAGUGGCUUCACUGUUGUCCCACUGUUGUCACUCAAAGCAUUUGUAGACAGCAUCAUUUAAAGGGGCUAGAUUAUGACUGUAUUCACUUGUAUUCCUCUGUGCUUUACAGGGGUGUGUGUACCGCUGAACACUCUCUGGUUCUGUUACUUCUAAUUCCUCAAUGCUAUAUACACUCUCACUCAGGCACGUUCACUCAUACGGUCAGAUUUAAACAGGGAUUAUCUCGUAGCAAAUAAAAACAGAAAGAACUGCGGAUGUUGUAAAUCAGGAAACAAAACAGAAAUUGCUGGAAAAGCUCAGCAGA